AUGGCGUCUCGUGUUACAUACAAUGGGGUGCCAAGUACUGUUGGAGGCGGUAACAUCUUCCAGGGGAUGAAGUUCUGGGUUUCCCGCUUAGUUCCUUCAAGGGACUGGAUUAUCGACCAGAUUCAGACAAAUUCAGGGACUGUCGUCGUUCAGGAGAAGGAUGCAGAUAUGCUCAUCGCAGACCACGCAAGGAAAGAUGUGCCCCUGGGAUCCUACUCUUGGAAAUACAUUACCGAGUCGGUAAAGGCUGGUUUUGUUCAAGUUGAAGACAAGUACUUGAACGGACCUCCUCCUGGCCAACCUCGAACAAUACUCGCUGGGUCUCGCGCCAAAAAAACACGUACACCCUUUUCAGAGCAAGAUGAUGCUAUUCUGGCCAAGCAUGUCCUUCAAAAAGGAAUCGACACGGCUGGGAAUAAAAUGUAUAUGGAGCUGGAGGCCCUGUACCCCCAUCAUACUUAUCAAUCAUGGAGACAUCGAUGGGUCAAAAUAUUAUCGCUCAGAUCUAACCAUGAUAUUGAUCGGUUAGCGAGGAUGGCCAACUUUGAUGUAGACAAUGCACCGAUAACUGCGAGGCACAUCAUAAGGAGGCAUGCAAGAGAGGAUUGGCCGCAGGCGCCACAACAAACCCCUGCCGUUACUAGUAGAAGCGACCAAAAUGCUCGGCAUCGAACUGAGACUUUGUCCAGAACCACUUCACGCGAUCCAACUCGACGCCAAGAGACGACACCAUCUGAGAAUGUGGAUAGGAAGAGUACUACGGAUGAGGCUGCCUCUGAACAGGAUGGCGAUAGUACUGAAAAGGAUUCAACCCUUUAUCACGAUGCCCAUACUGGUGAAACGCAAGCGCAAGAACAAGAGCGAAUUGAAGAUAGCGAGGUAGAAUCAGAAGGCGGCCAAGAGGAGAGAAGUAAAGAAGACGUUGGAGAAGAGAACGUAGAGGAGGGUGGGGAGCAAGAGGAGGAAGACGAAGAAGAAGAUGGCGGCGCGGAAGAUGAUAAUGGCGUUGACAGAAGUCCGUCUUCGUUUACAGAAAGAGACCAGUUCUACAGUGAUCUUCAAGACUACUGCGAGGCAAACGGCAGGGAGCUUCAAAAGCAGUGCGUCAUUAGGGAUAAGAGGAUUGACCUAUGGGAUUUGUGUCAAGCAGUAAGUACGCAAAAUCUACCGCUGGAGGAGGUGGAUUGGAGACGGGUAGCACGGUAUGUGGGCUUCGACUGGGCUCAAAGCAAAGAGAUUAUCGCCACUUUACUACAGACGAGCUAUCAUCGCCACCUGGCAGGGUUUGUAGAGGCAAUGUUGAGCUUCGAAGACGAUUUCGAGGACAGCGAAGAAGACGAAGAAACUAUUCCACAGACUGGAGAAGCUGCGGUAGAGCCAACAACGCCUUCGCGGAAUGGAGGUGGCACAGCAAAAAUCACAAAUAGGCUGUCAGAUGCGCAAACCCGAACGCCAGAACAAAGAUCCAAACGAAGGCGCACCAUAGGAGCCACGAUUCCGGUGACACCUGAGGCCAAGGAGAAGGCCAAGAGACGACAAUCCGCACCGGCACCAGGACAGUUAGGCAAUAUAGUGGACGACGGCCGAAUACAGGCGGAAGAUUCCCCGCAUAGUAUACCGAUGAGGGAUCGCCAAAGACAGUGGUCACCCGAGGAGCCUGAUAACACUCCUUCUCAACAGCUGCAGAGUGAGAGUAACUCGGUUGUGAGCCCCGAACUCGGUGAUAAAGGAACACCCACUCGCCACAACCAACCUCGCAGCUCUGGCUACCAUUUCAACGAUAGUCAGCUCGAGACUAUCAUGGAGGAGGAGCCAUCUGCGUCUACUCCGACCAAACACAAAUCCAAGAAGCGCUCACUACCAUCAUCGUUUCAGCAACCCCAGACGAUGCCUCCUCACGAAAGAAGGCGACUAGAGGAACAAGAGCAACAACAGCAGGAAGAAAGCACACAGGAAGGAAGCACGCAAAAAGCACAGGCUCCAAAAGAGCAGCAGCAACCCGAAGAGGAGAAUUGGAAAACCAAAGAAUUUCACAAAUGGACAAAGCACUAUCGCGAAGCGGGCUAUUCUGACGAACACAUCUCCGAAGCCAUGAACCGGACGUGCUGGAUCCCCGGGGCCCGCAUGGAACAAGUCUUGAAGAGUCUCCAAAAGGGAGAUGGCAUACCUAAAAACGUGCAGGGCAUAUGGACGUACCGUGACGACAAGAAGCUCGAAUACAUUCGCCAAUGUGAGAGCCUGGAGCCCGUGGCCGGAGACUCGAGUGAAAUGCAACGGCGCAGAGCGAGGGCGGGAAGAAUGAUGGAGCAGCUCCUGUUCAAGCAUACCAAAUCGCUGGUUGAGCUUCGGUUGGAGAUUCAUGAAGCGAAUUGCCAAUGA